AUGUGGAAAAAGUGCGGCCCUAUUCUUUGGACAAUCUACCAUCAAUCGGCAAAAUUGUUUUGCACUCCAUUCGCUGGCCAUAAGUUUAUUCACGUCGCGAACCAGUUAACGGUACCGCUCGUGUCAGUUACUUUUCUAGCCGCAAAUGGCGGCGGAGUCUUAAGGCCUUGUCUAAAAGCUAAUCGGCUCUCUCAGAGCAGACGGAAAAACCGCAACAGACACACUGGAUUUGUGCACAUCCGUCCGGUCUACAAGGCAGUGUCGACUUGGAGACAGGACUGUCUUAAACCGGUGAGAGUAUAA